AUGGAAAGCCAACAGUCGAUAAAGUGUCCUCUCUGCGAUGCGAGCAGUCCGUCCAAGUAUCACUUAGCUGAGCACAUUUGCAGGCAUCUAUCUUAUCGAGUUCAACUAUGUGAAGAAGCCGCAACCUUGCCGACGAAGUUGUUCAACGCUGGGAAAACACCAUGCUGGAGCGCAGAGGCCGUCAAAGCGGCGCGAGCGUCGUCAACAAACUUCUGCCGAGCGAUCAACAUUGUCAACAUACGGUGUCCAACGCUGUCAACGAAAUAUAAAUGCAAAACUUGUGCGGAAUUCUUUUACACCGAAGAAGAGAGAGACGCUCACUGCAUCGAGAGGGACCAUAUCCAUACCUCCGAGGUGCGGAUCUCACAAUACUGUGAGCAUUACGUCAAUUUGCUUCUAAAGGAUGCCGAAUAUGUGGCUAUUCAUGGAUUUGAAGCAGUUCUUGUGCAACGUACUAAAGCGAGUUUGGCAUGUGUUUCUCUUCGCCUCGAAAUCAUUCUUGGCAAAACUUAUCCGACCGCUGAUAAUCUUGGGUUCUCGUUUUAUGGCAUAUCUGUGGAGAAAGAAAGUUUCAUUGAUGAAGACAUUGAUAGUGAUGUGACUCGACAACAUUUUCGCUUGGGAAACUCACCGAAAGCCACAGUAAGCACCGAAUGUAACAAAGAUGCUGCUCCUGUCCCUGAUCAACCUAUCCCAAGAUUGCAAGUCAAACGCAGCAUCGGAGAACCUGACCGAUCUCUUACUGAAGCAGCCGAAGGUCUUGUCCGUCACCUAAAAUCCAAAAAUCUAAAGCAGCCCUUCAAGUUGAAUUUUUUCAAGGGCCUAACUACAGAUUAUUUUCCUUGGAACCGGUUGCCCAGGGAGCUGCAAAUGGAAGUUCUGCGUCAUCUUACUCGAUUCGAUCUGGAUAAAUGUCGUGUGCUGAAUCAGGAGACAUCCCAACUUAUUCGGCACAAUACAAAAUCGAUGAAAAGGAGAAUCAUCGAAUACUUGCAGAUUCGAAUUGUUGAGAGUGAGGCAGACUUUCGGCUUAGACUGUUUGUGAGAUGUUCCGAAGUGGGGAUACCUCAUGACAGAGAUUUGAGCGUGCUCAAUCGAAGACAACAGCGAGCACCUUACACUUUUGAGCAUGCCCUACAACAUCUUUGCGNAUCGUUUUCUCCAUGGGGUGGCAGUGUUGUUCCGAAGCUCCUCAAAAAUGCUACAAUUCAACACUUGGAGAUAGGAAAUGGGCGUCUGGCAGACAAUAUUUUGUGGCCGAUAUCUUCGUGUUUGCUGAAUGUGGACUGUCGAGUGCAGAAGUUGUCAAUAUUAAAAACAUCAGUUGCUGACGUUACUUCUUCCGUUUUUCUUGAAUUCCUUCGGAACGCCGCUCCAACACACAUACAUAUCGAAGGAAUCAGCGAUUGUUCUUACGACAAUUUCAGCCCCGAGGUUCUCAAAUUUAUUGUUACAAGACCUAAAUUCGAAUUAUUUUCUGUUCGUCCCCAACCCUUCCUAAUCGACGAUGACAUUCUCGCCAAGAUCACUGCUUCCGAAUUCACCAUCGAUAGUGAAACCAAGAUAACUGCCGACGGUAUCAAAUCUUUUAUUGGGGGCUUGGCAAGUGGGAAACAUGAGUUGGUUAACGGGGGAAUAAGAACUCGUGUUUUCUCUUCAUCAUUACCGUUUUCCACGCCUUCAAACGUUAUGGCGAAGCUGCGCACAAGCAAUAUCAAUAUGUACCAGGUUGCCUCAUACUACAUCGAUAUAUCCGCAACAACAGAAAGACCAGUGGAGACCAAAACUUGA